AUGGCCGCGGGGCGGGCGGCGCUGGCGCUGUGGGCCAUGGUGGCCGUGGCGGCCGCGCUGUGCCGCCUGCAGCCCGCCCUGGCGGCAGAUGCCAAGUGGAAAGCGAUAACUGGGCAAAUUAAGAAAGCCGUGGAAGCCUAUGAGCCGUGUGUAAAGGAAAAUUGCAGCUGCCACCAAAGUGUCUGGAAGCAGGACCUGGCUCCUUUUCGAGGUGGCAUUUCCAAGGAGACGAUGGCAGACGUGGUGAGCCGCAAGCUCGGGACCCACUACCAAAUAAUUAAAAACAGACUGUAUCGUGAGCAGGACUGCAUGUUCCCUGCAAGAUGCAGUGGAGUUGAGCACUUCAUUCUGGGGAUCAUCCAGCGCCUCCCUGACAUGGAGAUGGUGAUCAAUGUGCGAGACUACCCCCAGGUUCCCAAGUGGAUGAAACCCAUCAUCCCAGUCUUCUCCUUCAGCAAGACAUCUGAAUACAAUGACAUCAUGUAUCCUGCCUGGACAUUUUGGGAAGGAGGACCAGCUGUUUGGCCAAUUUACCCAACAGGUUUAGGGCGCUGGGACCUCAUGAGAGAGGACCUCAGAAGAUCUGCAGAGAAAUGGCCAUGGAAGAAAAAAAUCUCUAAGGGAUAUUUCCGAGGAUCCAGAACAAGCCCUGAGAGAGAUCCCCUCAUCCUGCUGUCCCGAGAAAACCCAGAACUUGUUGACGCUGAGUACACUAAAAACCAGGCUUGGAAAUCUGAAAAGGACACCUUAGGAAAGCCUCCUGCAAAGGAAAUUCCACUGGUUGAUCACUGCAAAUACAAGUACCUGUUUAAUUUCCGGGGAGUGGCGGCCAGUUUCCGCCUGAAGCACCUUUUCCUGUGCGGCUCGCUCGUCUUCCACGUUGGAGAGGAGUGGUUGGAGUUCUUCUACCCCCAGCUGAAGCCUUGGGUCCACUACAUCCCAGUGCAGUCAGACCUCUCUGAUGUCAGGGAGCUCUUGCAGUUUGUAAAGGAAAAUGAUGCCAUAGCACAAGAAAUUUCAGAGAGGGGACGUCAGUUCAUCACUGAGCACUUGGACAUGGAGGACAUCUCUUGCUACUGGGAGCAUCUGCUGUCUGAAUAUUCCCAAAUCUUGACUUACAAAGUGAAAAGGAGGAAGAGCUACAACGAGAUCACUUCUGGACAGCUGAAAACAGAACUGUAGAGACUUCUCUGUUUUUUUCUUUGGCUCAAACUGAUCACUGUGGAAAUCUGAAGAUCAGUAUUUACUUACUUCUUGCUCUCUCAGACUUACCUUUCACAGCAGAACUACAGAGAAGUCAGCAGCAGGCUGACUUGGACAUGGCUUCAAGCCACUGGGACCUGGUUAUAUUGUCACCACAAGAAUGUUAAGCAGCAUAUGGGAUUAAGAUUACUUAGUGGGGUGGUCAGUCAUGCCUAGAGGAGGGAUGCUAGCAUUUAGGACUUAGUUACUACCUGUCUCAAAAUGAUCCUGAAUCCCAUUCAGUCGAUGAGAAGCCUUACUGGACUUUUUACCAAAGGUCAUGGUGAAGGACAGACUGAGAGCUGCACUCAGCUAGUAAAUACUUGCCACUUUGUUUGGCAAAUGUUUUCCCAGCUGGAUGAUAGCACUUGGGGUAUUAGGUGUUCUCUGACAGAAGCAGGUACAGGGAUUUGGGGCUUACUUUUCUGGAUAGCUUAGAGUUUAUGUUGGGUUUUAGAGGUUGAUGGUAAGGUUUUGACAUGCCCUUGAAAGGAUAACUGAUCCUUGCAGAGUUACCCUACCUACCUCACAGGGGACCAGCAUGUGCUGGUGAUGGGGCCAUCAUCAGUGAUGUGCCUGGCAAGUGAGACAGAGAUGGUUCAUCCUCCAGCAGAUGAGCUGGGUGCCUGCACAACUGAGCCCCUGUUAAUUAUCUCUCACCAGCUGCCUGGCCAGACAGCCUGGGAUGUCAUCCUUAGGAACUCAGAGAAAGUAUUCACAGAGUUAGAUUCAGCACUUCCUUUUUCCAAAAGUGCAGAGUCUGCUCUGAUUCCCUUCUGUAAUCCUUCCAGGAUUAUUUUGGGUUUUUUUGGUUUGGGGUUUUUUAAGGGUUUGUUUUUUUUGAGACUGCUAAAACAUCUACUCACUUCAGUACUUGCUUUUCUUCCCCACAGCUGUGCCACUUCUUUUUUCAUCUCCUUCAGCCUGGUUGAGGGAAUGUCUUCAGUCACACGGUAGCAGCUACUGCUCACAUUACCCAUUUCGGGUUGGUCACAGGCUGCUUGUGCUCGCUGUGUUUAUGCCCACCACAGCCUCUCAGCUAAGGAGAACUGCAAUUCCUGAAAUGCUCUGUGCCCCCUUAGGUGAGAGGCUGGGAGGCAGCAGCAUCUUCUCUGGCACCCACACAGGAAGAGUGUGGGGUGGCAGGAGGGACACAGGAGCCUGCCAGGGAAGCACCCCUGUUGGUAAAGCAGCCUCGAGGCUGAGAGAGCAGCACAUUAUAAUGGAAUAUUAUUAUAAUAGCUGUUGCUAUUAUGGAUAGCAACAGCUCUCAGGCUCCUCUGCAGUCAGUGUGGACCAGGGAAGAAGGAAAUUGCAUGGAACAAUAAUAUUUGUGUCCCCUCACAGAGGCCUUGCAGCCCUGGAGCAGGGACAUAGCAGCUGGCCCUAUGGAUCAAGUGCUGGUUGCUGGGGCAGUGUGUUGGUUUUGGGACCAGUGCUGGGGUUAUCCCAUCCAGCAAAGGAAACAGAAUGGGGCAUUAAAAGAACCUGAUUUCCCAGAAAAACUGUGCCAGAGUGGAAAGGGUUUCCUGGUUUUCUAUUUUUAGCCAACAGAGAGACAGCACUCCAAGAAACUGAACAGCUCUGUAUGAUAUUUUAAAACCAUUUGUAACAAAGUGUUUUUUAGAAUAAAACAAACAAAAAUGAA